UUCCAUCUUUCAAAAGAGACAAAAUUAAAUUUUGACAAUGGCACCACACUUCGUGCUGUUCGAGCACGCGGCCGGGUACGGGUUAUUCAAGGUCAAGGAGUUUGAGGAGGUCGCGACCUUUCUCCCUCAGGUCGAGGAGGCUGUCAUGGACGUUUCUAAAUUUCAACAGGUUGUGAGCCUGAUUGGGUUCUUCCCUUUCAAGCAUGCCGCCGACGCGUUGAACAACAUCAACGCCGUGUCCGAGGGGGUUUGUUCAGAAGAUCUCAAACUCUUCCUAGAGACAAAUAUGCCCAAGGCGGGAAAGAAAGCAGCAAUUCUGGGUGUACUGGACAGUAAACUAUCUGCUGCUAUCAACGAGGCUACAGAGAUCAAAUGCUCACAUAUCGGAGUCAUCCCAGAGAUUGUCCGUGGUAUCAGAAUGCAUUUCCCAAAACUGGUCAAAGGGUUCACUCCAGGUUCCUCUGACAAAGCCCAGCUUGGUCUUUCCCACAGCUACAGCAGGGCCAAGGUUAAGUUCAACGUGAACAAGUCCGACAACAUGAUCAUCCAGAGUAUUGCUCUCCUCGAUCAGCUGGACAAGGAUAUUAAUACAUUCUCCAUGAGAAUCAGAGAGUGGUAUUCAUUCCACUUUCCAGAGCUGAUCAAGAUUAUCCCAGAGAAUGCUCUCUUCGCUAAAUGUGUGAAGGAGAUCAAGAACCGCAAGGAUCUGACUGAUGAUAAACUUGAAGUUCUUGAAUCCAUCGUCAUGGACUCCGGAAAGGCUCAGGCUAUAAUUGAUGCUAGUAAGUCUAGUAUGGGUAUGGACAUAUCUCCCGUGGAUUUGAUCAACAUUGACAUGUUCGCUGCAAGGGUCAUCGCGCUCACUAACUACAGAAAGGAGUUGAGUGAAUAUCUGAGGAACAAGAUGCACAUUGUUGCUCCUAACCUCGGCGCUCUGAUCGGAGACACCGUCGGAGCCAGACUUAUCUCACACGCAGGAUCUCUGACUAACCUCGCCAAGUGUCCUGCCAGUACUGUACAGAUCCUAGGAGCUGAGAAGGCUCUGUUCCGAGCUCUAAAGACCCGAGGGAAUACUCCCAAAUACGGGCUCAUCUUCCACUCAUCAUUCAUCGGUAGGGCAGGAGCCAAGAACAAGGGAAGGAUUUCAAGAUACCUCGCUAACAAAUGCAGUAUUGCAUCCAGGAUUGAUUGUUUCUCGGAGAACGCGACCACGAUAUUCGGGAGUAAGAUGAAGGAGCAGGUCGAGGACAGGCUCAAGUUCUACGAAACAGGAGAUUUGCCGCGUAAAAACGUUGAUGUUAUGGCUGAGGCAAUGGAAGAAGCUAAUGAUGAGGCGAAGAAGAUGAAGAAGAAGGAAAAGAAGAAGAAAAGGAAACUGGCAGAGGAGAACGGAGAUGAUGAAUCCAUGGAUGUUAGUCAAAACUCUACUCUUGAGCUGAGCCAGACUGAUGAGCCGAGCAGUAAGAAGAAGAAGAAGAAGCAUGCAGCAGAGAAUGGGGAUGCUGCUGAUACUACUGCUGAAACAAGUGUACUUGAGAAUGGAGAUGGUGGUAAGAAGAAGAAGAAGAAGAACAAGGAUAAGAACAAGGAGAAUGAGCAGGAUGAGAUGGAGAUAACUGUAAACACAACAGCUGACACUUCACAGCUUGAGAAUGGAACCCCGAAAAAGAAGAAGAAGAAGAAGAGUAAGGAUGACGAGGCAGAAGAAGUGGCUCCGCAAACCAAUGGAACCUCGGAGAAGAAAAAGAAGAAAAAUAAAUCUGAAUAAACAUCCAUUUAUAAAUUUGUCUCCAUAUGUUAAAUGUUAAUAUAC